ACGUUGUGGAGCAGAAAGGAGUGUCACCGGCUGGAGGAGUAGAAGCUGCCCCGCACGAGACACAAACCUGAAAAGAAGGGAACAACAAUCGCAAGUAAACAACAGCAAGUAGACACAUCAGGGAAUAAAGAAGGAGAAGAGACCCCGGAGGAGGCCGGAAGCAGCGGAUAGCUUGGUUUUCUUCACACACCCCAACAGCUGCUCCAGCUGCCAGUCAACCUGGAUCGGGCCCCGCCCCCUCAGGUAAGCACAGAAGGAUGGAGGGAAGCGGCUCGGCAGGAAAUCCCAGCGCUGCCUCGUCUCGCUCACUUCCUGCCCUCGCUGAUGAGGCGACGCUGCAACCAGACGGCCGAGUCUCAGAGUCUGAGGACGAAGGCAAAGAGAGCCGAGAGUCAAGCAGUCUGUCCGGGUCACAGAAACACCAGAGUCCAUCAUCUGAGGAACACCAGAGUCCAUCAUCAGCGCAACACCAGAGUCCAUCAUCAGAGGAACGCCAGAGUCCAUCAUCUGUGGAACACCAGAGUCCAUCAUCUGAGGAACGCCAGAGUCCAUCAUCUGAGGAACGCCAGAGUCCAUCAUCAGAGGAACACCAGAGUCCAUCAUCAGAGGAACACCAGAGUCCAUCAUCAGCGCAACACCAGAGUCCAUCAUCUGUGGAACACCAGAGUCCAUCAUCUGUGGAACACCAGAGUCCAUCAUCUGUGGAACACCAGAGUCCAUCAUCUGAGGAGCACCAGAGUCCAUCAGACACUCAGCAUUCUGAAGAGAAACCAGACCAGCCAGAUCUCACCAAACAAACAAACCACCAGGAUUCCCAGGCAGAGAAACAGAAAGCAGAAAACUUUCCUGAAACAAAGAAACUAAACACACCAGAUUCAACUUCUUCAAAAGAUAAACCAAAUCCAGAUCAACCGGAACCAGAAAGUGUUUCUCCAACUAAACUAGAUCCUGUUCCUGCAGGGCAACAAAAAUUGGGGGGUUCUCCUCUGAGAGAUAAACUGCCUUCUCCAGAACCACUACAAUCAGAUUGUCUUUGUGGAGACCAGAAGAACCCAGGAAGUCCUCUUGGACCAAAACAAGAACCAGGUCACUCCCAGGAUCCCGCAGACCAGAGGGACCUUUGUCUUCCAAAUCCAAAGCCUGAAGAGGACCCUUGUCCUCCUCCUCCAUCGAAGGAUUUAACUGCUCUCAGUUCAACACUUGAUGAACAAAUCCAGAAGGAGCUCGAGUUCCAUGUCUCCAAAUCCAAAGACCUGCAGAACCCCCAGGAUGCACCUACAGAGAACCUGACUUCAACUGCACGUGAGAGGGAUCAGGACCACCGAGAUCCUCCUCCCCUGAACACCCAGCAGGUUCCUCCUUGUGCAGACCUGCAGAACCACCUGUGUCCUCCCACCGUAUCUGUGGCCCUGCUGACUCCGCCCCUCACCAUGGAGGCGUUCUGUGACCAGGUGUGCCCCGACCUGGCAGUUCCUUCUUCAGGCGAGCCCAAACUGUGUGGGUAUCUGCAGAAGCAGGGGGGGCCGCUGAGGGCCUGGAAGCAGCGCUGGUUCACCUACGAGGAGAAGAAGAACCAGCUCUUCUACUACCGAACGCCACAGGAUGUGACCCCACUUGGCCGGGUGGAGCUCAGCGGCGCCACCUUCACCUACCCACUGAAGGCCGAGAAGGGCACCUUCCACAUCAAGACACCUGAACGCACCUUCGUACUCAAGGCCGUGACCCAGGAGUUGAUGCUCUACUGGCUUCAGCAGCUGCAGGUAAAGCGCUGGCAGCACAGACAGACCAGCUCAGACCCAACAAACAACAACACUACAGAUGACUUCCUGCCUGUGCUGAAGAGUCCGUUAGGUCUGGUGGGGGAGGAGGCGGCCAACCUGUCGACACGGACGCCGCUAUCCAACGUGUCCAUCAAACAUCCGCUCAUUGAGAUCCAAAACUCAGUCCAUAGUCUGAGAAAGAGGACAUCUCAGGAGUGGAGCCAGAGUGUGUUCCAUGUAGAAGCUCUGCCGUGGAUUCCCCCAAACGCUGCAGACGCCAGCAACACGACAAGUACACAAGCCCCUCCGGCUGCCAGUACUCCCACUGAGCCUCUGGCCCCGCUCCCUGCCCUCCUAUUGGCUGAUCCAGCAGGUCAGGUGUGUCCAGUGGAGGGCAGGGAGUCUCCGUCGCUCCUGGACGGUCCCGGCAGGAGGACGAAGGCACGCAGCAUGUCCACCAUGGCCGUCCUCCGCAGAGACACGUCGUCCUCCGAGCGGUCGGCCCGUCUGCAGCAGGACAAACAGAUGCUGAUGGAGGAGGUCAAAGCUCAGAAGGAGUUGGUGUGGAUCCUCCACAAAGCCCUGGAGGCGGCUCAGCUGGAGAAGCGAACCUGUGCAGAGUUUCUGGCAGAGGAGGGCGAGCAGGAGCGCCUGGAGCUGCUGCGCCACCGCGAGCGGCAGGCGGCCGACCUGCGAGGCCGUCUGGAGGAGGCCAAGACGGAGGCAGAGGCGGCGAGGAGGAGCCUGGCUCAGAGAGAUGUACAGCUGGCUGAGCUGCAGGACAACGUCCGGAUGCUGACGGAGAAGAACAACGCCAAGCGGGAGGUCAUCAUAAAGCUGUCAGACCAGGUGACCGCCUGUCUGUCCGAGCCACGGCGCUCUGGUUCACCAUCUGGCACCUCUCUGGACUCUCAGACCUUCAAACAGCUUCAGCAGGAGAUGGACAACCUCAAGGACGACAUCGAGGCCUACAAGACUCAGAACAAGUUUCUGAACUCGGAGAUCUACCAGCUGACAAAGCUGUGGAGGAAAAGCUCGGAGCAGGAGAAGAGUCUGCUGGUCAAGUGUGCGCACCUGGAGGCUACCAACUGUCAGGCCGAAAGCCGAUACCUGGGCGUCCUGCGGAAGCUGCAGGAGGCCAAAUCUCUGGAUCCGGCGCAGCGAGAGGCCGUUCAGAAGAUGAUCGAGGACGCUCUGAGAGGAGAGCUGAAGAGUGUCACCAAGCUCAGCAUGGACAGGGAUCACGACGAGUAUGGCUUCAAGAUCAUCCCAGACUACGAGGUGGAAGACAUGAAGCUGCUAGCGAAGAUCCAGGCGCUGGAGAUCCGCUCCCACAAUCUGCUGCACCAGAACGCUGUGGAGCGCCCCCUGCUGAGCCGCUGGGCUCACUACCUGGCCGGGAGGUCAGAACACGACCUCUGUCCGUCACCAGAGCUCAAAGUUCUGCUGAGAGGAGGCAUUCCACAGGAGUACCGGCAGAGAGUGUGGCGCUGGAUGGUCCGAGCCAGAACCAGGUCCAUCAGAGAGCGCCACCCACAGCGAUACCAACAGCUGUGUGAGAAGAGCAGGACAUCCCCUCACCCGGCCUCCAGACAAAUCCAGCUGGACCUCCACCGGACCCUGACAACCAAUCAGCACUUCUCUUCACCGUCCAGCCCCGCCCUCCAACAGCUCCGCCGUAUCCUGUUGGCUUUCUCCUGGCAGAACCCUGCCAUCGGCUACUGCCAGGGACUCAACAGGUUGGCGGCCAUUGCUCUGCUGGUCCUCCAGAGUGAGGAGGACGCCUUCUGGUGUCUGGUGACCGUGGUGGAAGCCAUCAUGCCUCAAGACUACUACACCAAGAACCUGGUGGCCUCUCAGGCGGACCAGCGGGUGCUGAAGGACUUCAUGGCGGAGAAGCUUCCCCGGCUGACGGCUCACUUUGAGGAUCACAGCAUCGACGUGUCGCUCAUCACCUUCAACUGGUUCCUGGUGGUGUUUGUGGAGAGUCUGCCUAGCGACAUCCUGCUGCCGCUGUGGGACGCUUUUUUGUAUGAAGGCACCAAGGUGAUCUUCAGGUACGCUCUGGCUCUGUUCAAAUACAAAGAGGACGACAUCCUCAAGAUCCACGACAGCGUUGAGAUCUACCAGUACCUGCGCUUCUUCACAAAGACCAUCUCCGACAGCAGGAGGCUGACGAGCAUCGCCUUCAACGACAUGAACCCAUUCCCCCGCCGCCUACUCAGGAACCGCCGCAUGCUUCACCUGGAGCGCCUGCAGGGGGAGCUACGAGAGCUGGAGGAGCAGCAGAGGGAGUUCGUCACGGAGAGUGCCGAACGCAAAGACAAAGAGCUAGACAUCGCAGUGAGCGAAGACGACGACGAACUCUGAAGCCUCCAGGACACAGAUUAUGUGAGCAAGUUUCUAUAAAUAAGUAGGUUUAUACGAACAGGUGAGAUCAUUAAAAGAGUUUAUAUGAACAUGUUUUUAUGAAUGAGUGGAUGUGAACAUGUAAGCUCAUUCAUGUAAGCUUUUUUAUAUAAAAAGUUUGUUGUAACGUGUGAGUUAAUGUGAAUGAGUGUGUAUGAACAUUUUUACUCCGCCAAGGAAUGCAGCGGAGUUCUGUGAUGAUUGGCGUUCGUUUGUCUGUCCGUCUGUUACUCAGUCUGUGUGCAACAUUACUCAAAAACGGAAUAAAAGAUGUGGAUGAAAUUUUCAGGAAAGGUCAGAAAUGACACAAAGACCAAGUAAUUAGAUUUUGGCAGUGAUGCAGCUUAUAGUCUGGAUCCACGGAUUUGUUAAAGAUUUCCUUAUCAUUGUGAGAUACCGGCACGGCGUCACUGUAACUGCUGCUGACGAUCACAUGAUUGUGAUCCUACUACAAAUCCAAUGCUGAGGACUUAUCAGGACUUAUCCGUCGGAAAUCAUACAAGGAACAAUGGAUUACAUUGUGGGGGUGUUUCUGAGUCCCAUCAAUUCCCGUCGCCCGCUACAUAUUGAGUUCACACGAUUCAGUAUUCGUACAUAACGUACACAUGCAUAACACACGCGUGUGCUCAGCGCAAGGUCAUUUUGUUUGUUGGUACAUCUGUAUUAAAUGGACACAUUCUAUGUUGCUGUGAUUUCUGAUCAUCAGUAACUAAUAAACAAAUGUUGCAUUUCUGAGAAUGCCAUAUUGGAAAAUGAACAGCCUUGGAGGAGGACUGUGCUCUCUGAGUGAUUUUCUAGUUGUAUAAAUGAGUUUAUAUGAACAAGUUUAUAUGAAUGAAUGAGUUUAUAUGAAUAUGUUUAAAGGAACAUGUGAACAUAAGAACAUAAUAUGAAUGAGUGAGGUUAUAUGAACAUCUAUAUAAGUUUAUAUGAACGAGUGAGGUUUAUGUGAGUGUCUGAGUUUAUAUGAAUGUUAGAGAAUAAUUAACAAAUAAGGUUUAUAUGAACAGUGAUAUAUAUAUGAACACGUGAGAGUUACGCGAGUGAAUGAGUUUAUGUACAUGUAAGGUAUGUGUGUUACAUGAAUGAGUGAGUUUAUGUGAAUGUGUGGAGUCUAUAAAUGAGCAAGCUUUAUGUAAACAUCUGACUUCCUGUGAAAGUGUGAGUUAAUAUGAAAGAAUGAGAUUUAUAUGACUGUCUGAGGUUAAAUGUAUGUCUGAGUUUCUAUGAACAUGUGAGGUUUAAAGCAUCGUGUGAGGUUUAUGUGAACGUGUAAGUUUCCAUGAACGUGUGCAGGUUAUGUUUGUUAGAGUUUCAGACAACGGUUGAAGUUGAACUUCGACAAAGUUUCCACAAAUUUGCAUCAUGAUCAUAUUUUCAUGUGCACAAUAGACUUUUGGAAAACCUGCGGUACUCUUCUGGCUAACUAGAUGACUUCUGGCAUGUUUGCUGGAAACCUGCACGCUGCUGCAGUGGAUAUCAGUAACAGAUGGAUGGAUAGUUUCUGAAUUCUAUGAUUCUUAAGCCUGGCUCAGAAUACUGCGGUUUCAGAUGGAUUUACAUCCAUUUCAGCCUCUCACAAUCCUGGUCUGGGAUCUUGGUCCGAAGCGAUGUUGGUCCAGGCUGUUAGGUAAUGUGAGGGGUUUACAGGUCCUGACUGAACCUCCUGAACAGCUGCAGACUCAAAGACUGUCGAGAUAAUAUCAAAUAUGUUUAAAAUGUGGAUGGUUAUCCAGGCACUGCUAGACAUGCUAGCCUUUGAAGCUAAUGCUCCAGAUAAUAAUCCUCUGAAUCAAGAGGAGUUUCUGUCCCAUUUUUCCUCACUGUGGUCUCAAUUUCACUGCAAUAUUAAGUCCUGUACAGGAAUGAAAACCAAUCACAACUGUUACAUUUUUGACCAGUUUCCAUAUAUUGUCUCCUUUUUACUUGAAAAGCAGGAAACACUGACUGCAAUUCAGUCAAAAACUCUCCACAUUUUUCAGUGUUAGUCGCAGCUGAGUCAGUCAGAGGAUCAGAUGUGCUGAGGAGUCAAACUUUCUGGGUUUUUAUAGAAUCUGGUUACUGCAAGUGAUUAUUUUUGGCUAUUUUUUAAAUGAGAAAUUCAUGUAGAACAAAGUGAUUUUGAUGAAAUAUCACAAGUUGAAGCUCAGAUUUGGUGAAUUUUCCUGAUGGAUCCUCAGGUCACACAUGAUUAGUUCAUGGACCGUCAGAAAGGUGAAAAUCUAUUGAUUCUUUACAGUUACUGGCUGAAAAAUAGUGUUUUGUUACCGCAUGGUAGUUGUACAACAGUCUCUAUUUAGUUUUCUAAAUCUGCUUCCCCAUGAGCUCAGUGAGGUGCUGCUCUGCUCUCUGACUGUCUGAACCACAAUCCUAAUAGUUUUUUACCGUGCCGGAGAUUAGAAGAAAGAAUAUCUGCAAAGUUUCUUUUUAUGAUGCUUCUGAUUUCAAAAUUUCAACCCCCUUGCAGAGUGAGCCCAAUUUCAGCCGCAAACAUUUUUGCCAACUUGCAGCAAAAGUUAAAAUUAAAUAUAUAAGUCUUCCACAAAUCUAAUGUGUUUAUGCAAAUAAGAGCUUGCUUCAAAUUUGCAUUGGCAUUGCCAAAGUUUUACUUCAACUGUCUGCCGGAAACCUGAACUUUUUUCCAGGAUUGUGUUCAGGUUCAGCUCUGACUAAAACUAAUCAAACAUCACAAAGAACACAUCAACCAGCAGAAGAGAACAUUUUCCGGAACACUGCUGGAAUCUGUUAGCUCUGUGCUAAUGGUCUCUCACUGAUUCUUACUUUGUUCCAGCUGAAUUUACAAAAGAUGACAGAUAUUUCUGCAAACAGCUUGUAGCAGCAGGCGAGGAAGUACCCAGUAAGAAAACAUGCUAACAUGAACUCACCUGCUCUAUUUUAGUGUGUCAGAAGAGCAAAGUAGAAAAUACACAAGUUGAAGCUCAGAAGUUUUGGAUGGUUAUCUGAUGGUACAUAAUGUGAUGUAUUCUGCAGGUGGUAAUGUUACCAUUUCUGAUGAAUGUUCACCUGACAAUACUGACGUUUGUUUUUACUAUGAUAUGAUGGAUGUGCACUAAUGCUUAAUAUUGUGUAUAUUUGUUGUUCAAGUGGAUUUUCUUUGGGUUUUCUACAUAAAUAUGCUUUGAUUUAAAGUC